CGGAGCAGAUCGGAGAGUGGAUAUCGCGACAGAGGAGAUCGCGACAGAAGAUAUCGCUACUGAGAAGCUGUGAUAGCGGCAGCUCCGCCGCUCGGAUUACCGCUCGUAGGGCUUCCGUGCCAUCCUUUGGAUUAUAUCGCGAUAUGACCCUGGAAGAGCUGCUGCCGUGCGACAGCCCCAGGAUGCGCGCGGUGGGAGCGGCGGUGGAGCGGCUGUUGGCGGCGGCGCAGCGCAGCGCUCGGCUCAGCGUGGGGGUCUACGAGGCCGCCAAGCUGCUGAACGCGGACCCCGACAGCGUCGUGCUGUGCGUGUUGGCCACCGACGAGGAGGACGAAGGCGACAUCGCCCUGCAGAUCCACUUCACGCUGAUCCAGGCCUUCUGUUGUGACAAUGACAUCCACAUCGUGCGCGUGGCCGGCAUGCGGCGCCUGGCGGCUGUGCUGGGAGAGCCGGCGCCGGGAGCCGAGCCUCGCGAUUUGCAUUGCCUGUUGGUCACGAUGCCCCACGCAGACGCCUGGCAGAGCCACGGUUUGGCCGAGGUGGCGAAUUACUGCGCCGAGAGCCGCGACCGCAACCAAUGGGUGCCGGUGGUGCGGCUGCAGGAGCGCUGAGCGCCGGGACGGAGAGCGGAGCUGCGGGGAGCACAGAGCCGCCCCAGCGCCCCGAGCACAGACAGGGAUUUUUCUGUCCAACCGGAGAGGAACGCGGAGCGCCCGGCGCGGCGGUGGCCACAGCUGUGGGGCUGAGCCCGGGGCAGCCGUGGGGCACACAGGUCCCGUUUUGGGGGGGGGUCCCGUUUUGGGGGGUCCCUGUGAGCGCCCGUGCAGCGCUCGGUCCCUUUUGGUGAUGGAGGAGGAAGGAUUCGGCCGAACUUCAUCCUGGGACGGCGCAGCGGUGGUGACAUGGAUGGACGUGUGACGCUGUUUUUUGGUUUAUUUUUGCACUCGAGCCACUGGGGAGACCCUGCCCCGAUCCCACCACAGAGUCUAUUCUUGUACUGAUCGCAGAACAACUUUUGGUUUUAUUUCGUUGUUUCUUUUUUCCAAUAAAUUUUCUAACCUCA